ACCCAGUUAAUCCUCAUCACAACAAGACUGAAAUUUCUUGGCAAACACAGCAAUUCCUCAAGUGAGAAUAACUGGAUGGUUUGACCUGAGACAAAUACAGGAACCUGCUGAAGGUACUGGUGUUUGGUUCUGGAAAGAUUCCUGAACCAUGUUCAAGUGAUGAACAUCCAGAGGCCUUCUUAAAAGACAUUUCCAGCAUAAUAUAAACCAACCCAGCAACAAGACACUGUUGAAAGUCAUUUUAAAGGACUGUUUCUCUGGACUGCAGCAAGACAGAAUGGCGAGCCCAAUGUUGCUGUUGUCAGCAACAGUUGUUCUUGGUGCUGUUCAUCUCAUUAGUGGUUACAGCUUUAACAACUGUAUUGAAGACCCAUACUCAAAUGGACAAAGUUUCAAAUGCAUCCAUCGAAAGGAAAAGAACAUGUCUGCGUUAAUAAAUGACCUGCCGCCGUCUGCCAUCAAUCUUACCGUCUGCAUUAAUCCUCUGUGGCACAUUCCCAACAAGAGCUUUGUUCAUCUACCAAACCUUCAGCACCUCCGAAUAGAUGACAAUCACUUGAAGAUUAUUGAUCAAUAUGCUUUCCAAAACUUGCAUCAACUUAAGUCUCUCAAUUUGUCCUUUAACGACAUAUCAGACCUCAACCCUUCUCUGUUCAAGGACCUGCACAAUCUCACUUUUCUCUCGCUGACAAAAAAUAAAUUAAAGCAACUCCCAGAGGGCAUUUUUUCUACUGUUCUCAAUCUAGACACUUUAAUCAUGAGGCAAAACUUUUUGACACAUUUCUCAGGGAUUGCUGAGUCUGUGUCACAUCUCAUGAAUCUGAGGAUACUAGAUCUUUGCUUUAACAGUUUGACCUCUCUCAGCCACUCCAAUGCGUCGCUACCCAAAUCCCUCACUACGUUAUAUUUAUGUAGAAACAAUCUGUUUACAUUAGGAUGUGAACAUUCAUUUCUCAGGUUCAUCCAGCUGCUAGAUUUGUCAUACAAUUCUAGGCUCCCUACGAUGGCUUUUCAAGGAGUGGAUUUGAGGCAUAUAAACUACCUGCGUUUGCGUUCAACAAGUGUUAAGGUAGUGGAGUUUUUAAACAUCAGCAACGUCCAUGCAGGUCACGUGGAUUUCUCUGGAACAGGACUGAAAAAUGACACCCUGCUCAUGGAGCUAUGUAAACAGUUAAAAAAAAAGGUUAAAGAGAUAACAUAUUUGCGGCUGAGCAGUAAUGGGAUUGAAAAUCUAACAUAUUACACUCUGUCAUCUUGUCCUAAAAUCAAAGGGACUUUGGAUCUAUCCCACAACCAACUGAAAAAAAUAAGUCUCAACUUUCUCAAUAAUCAGACAAAUAUAAAAAGCUUCAGUGCAGAGCAUAACCACCUAACCUCACUGUCAUCCUGUAAAACACAACAUUAUUUUCCAAAUCUGGAAGAGUUGAGCUAUCGUUACAACCGCAUCCUCUCAGUCGGGUCUCAUGCUUUCUAUUGUACACGAAAUAUCAAGAUGUUAAAACUUAACAUAAACACAAUUUCUUUUCUGCAUCGUAAUGCUCUUAAAGGACUGGAAAGGCUUGAGAUGCUCCGUUUGGACAAUAACCUCUUAACUGAUCUGUUCAAUAACACAUUUGAAGAUAACUUCAACCUGCAAAUCCUUAACCUACGCAAUAACCGUAUUUCUGUCAUUUUUAACGGGACGUUCCUCAAUCUCAGGAAUCUGACUACACUGGACCUAGGAGGUAAUAAGAUCACUCAUUUUGAGCAAUCUGGCCUUAAUGGACUGAAAAGUCUGUCCAAAUUCUAUCUAGAUGGAAACAACCUAAAACAGAUUGACACUUCCCUCUAUCGUGUAUUUCAAGACACACUAACAGUGCUGGAUCUACAAAGUAAUCAGAUUCGCUUCCUCACUAAAGACAUCGGUUCACCAUUUAUGAAUCUCAGCAAACUCAGUGAUCUGAAAUUGGAUGGGCAGCGGCCUCAUGGCCUCACUAUUUUACCCCGCACUUUGUUCCGUGGCCUCCACUCACUGAAGUCUCUGUAUCUCACAAACAAUAACAUAAUUUAUCUUACUCCUGAUGCCUUUGAUGAUCUAACAGACUUACAUUUCCUCUCAUUGGAUAACUGCUGUGUUGGGGUGACACAACUCCAACCAGGUGUUUUUAAAAAUCUAAGAAAUUUGAGAAAAUUGAUUGUGGAAAACAUGGGCAUUCAGAACUUCACAAAGGAGGUUUUUGGGAAUCUCACACAGUUACACACACUACAGCUCAACCGCAAUGUGAUGGAGCAAAUUCAAGUUGAUGCACUAGAAAGUUUACCUAAACUCCACUACCUUGACAUACGUAAUAUUCCUUUAAGCUGCACCUGCAAGAACAGCAUGCUGCAAAAUUGGACAAUACAUAACCCAAAUGUCCAGGUGGUCUAUCUCUACAAUCUGCCGUGCCCACACGAUGCAAAACUCAAAUUAUACAACUUUGACACCAAAGUUUGUUACAUAGAUCUAGGAGAGUACCUGUUCUUUAGUACAUCAGUUGUGAUAUUUCUGUUCACAGUCACUCCUUUACUUUAUGUCAAACUUUACUGGAAAAUGAAGUACAGCUACUAUGUAUUCCGGUCUUGGUUUAGUGAGCAGUGGCGCAGACUCAGGGAGGAGGAGGAAAAUUGCAAAUAUGAUGCAUUCAUUUCCUAUAAUUCCUCCGAUGAACAGUGGGUCAUGGACCAGUUGCUGCCCAACCUGGAGGGAAAUGGAUCAUCUUUUAAACUUUGCCUACAUCACAGGGACUUUGAACUGGGCCGUGAUAUUGUGGACAACAUCGUCUCCGCUGUAUAUAGCAGCCGUAAAACCAUUUGUGUGGUGAGCAGGGAUUUCCUAAGAAGUGAGUGGUGUUCUCUGGAAAUUCAACUGGCCAGCUACCGACUCUUCGAUGAGCACCAGGAUGUUCUCCUGCUCGUGUUUCUGGAGCCAAUCACUGAGAGGCAGGUGUCAUCUUAUCACCGCAUGAGGAAAGUCAUGUUAAAAAAGACUUAUCUGCAGUGGCCUGGCUCAGGCUGCACUGACCCGACGCAGGCCCAAGCCCUGUUUUGGAAUCAGCUACGUAGGGCAAUGAGAACAGGGAGCAGACUCGAAACAGAAGAAAAUUACAAAAGUAAAGGUUGUGUAACUGAAAGCAAAGAACAUUUUGAGACUCACACAUCAGAUGAAAAUUAUUACUUGCUACCGUAAAAGAAUGACAAUUUUAUUUGUGAUUAUAAAGACAAAUCUCUCAGUAUGUGAAAUUAAUAAUUAAAUCCCCUGAGAGGGUCAUG